AUGCUGUCAGUGUGGGCAGGUGUCUUUCUCUUCGUGUUCUAUAUCUUGACCCGAGGGUUCUCUCCAUUAUCCAAACUACCCGGACCAUGGUAUACCCGAUUCACCAGUCUAUGGAUCAAGUAUCAAGAGUUCACAGCGAAUCGUCGCCAAUCCAUCCAUCGGCUACAUCAAGUCUACGGACCUGUCGUCCGACUGGCUCCAAACGAAGUAUCCUUCACUAGUCUCAAGGCUAUAAAGGAAAUCUAUUCCUCCGGAGGAAGCGGGUAUGACAAGACCGAGUUCUAUGAUCUCUUUAGGCAAUUCAGAACCAAGACGAUGUUCUCUACACUAUUCAAAGAUGAGCAUAGCAAGAGAAAACGGGUCUUUGCGGAGCGAUAUGCUAUGACCAAUGUCAUGAAGGAGAAGCCCCUCGCGGAAAUCAGCGAGUGCGCCACAUCUUUUGUGUCUAGAUGCGCUGAGGCUGGUCAGAAGGGUGUUGAUGUCUACGCUCUCCUCCACUGCUAUGCCCUCGACUGCGUCACACAUUUUAUGUUCAGUCCCAGAGGGCUUAAAUCUCUCGAUAUCCACAAGGACUUCGAAGUGAUGCAAGAGAUGACAUAUCAUCAAAGCCUGCAGCAAAACCUACUGGCGUACUACCUCCCACAGCUAGCGCCAUAUUUCCCAAAAGCAAUCCGGCCAGGCGCCUCGCCCAUAGCAGACAAAUACGUAAUAGAGAUGGCCUCCCAACCAAACCUGGAAUCAUACACACUCAUGGAGAAACUAACCCGCAAAGAAUCCGGUCUCGAGCCCAUGCAAGCCGCCGCAGAAUGCAAGGACCACAUGGCAGCCGGCAUUGACACGACCGGCGACGGGCUAUGCUUCCUCAUGUGGGAACUAUCGCAGCCACAUAACCUCGAGUUCCAGCGCCGGCUGCAUGAUGAAAUUGUUUCUGCUCGAGCGGAUGCAACACUUGACAGCCUUGUCUAUCUCGAUGCUGUUAUCAAGGAAGCGCUCCGCUGCUCUCCGCCUAUCCCCAUGUCGCUGCCUCGCUAUGUGCCUGAUGGCGGCCGGGUGAUUGAUGGGUACUUCAUGCCAGCUCAUACAAUUGUCAGUUGCCAGCCCUAUACCGUGCACCGUUUGAAUGAGGAGGUGUUUCCGGAUCCGGAUCGUUUCUACCCGGAUCGAUGGCUUGAGGCGGAGGGUGCGGCGGAUCGGAAUAGGCUCUUUUUUGCGUUUGCCGUUGGGGGGCGCGGGUGCACAGGGAAGAAUCUCGCGCUGGUGGAAAUGAAAAUACUUCUUCGUGAAGUGUAUUCGCGUUUCCAGACCACGGUGGCUCCGGAUAUGACGGCGUCGAUGGAAAUCCACGAGCAGAUUAUCUCUGCGAGACCCAAGGGGCAGAAAACAACCCAAGAGAACCCCUACUUCACCACCAUGGCCAACGAAGUAUCCACCAAGACAGAAUGCCGCUUUUCGACCCGCAUCUCCAUCCGCUGGCUCCCUGAGCCAGCCCGCGAGACAACAGACACAAUCGUCAUGUCUGUGAAGGAUUGGUAUCUUGAUUUGCGCAUAGAUAAGCAAACAGGCGGCAUCGACUGGGCCAUUGCCGGCCAACGAAUCAUCGAGAGUCAGGAGCCAAUGCGAGUCGCAUUUACACAUGAGCUAGAUUCUCAUGGCGAGUUUAGCAGCGCCGACUGCGGGACAUUUGUCUCAUUGCCGAACGGCGAUGACCUCGAAACAGGCGUUAUGCCUCGUCCUGAUGUCCCCGGUGCACCACCAACAGAAUACGAGGAGGUAUGGCGGGAGCUGCCAUUUAGGGAUGGUCCUGAGGGUGCGCACGGGGGCAUUUCCUGGGUAUUGGAGUCGGACGACGACGAUCUAAUUGGGAAGGAGGGAGAGUUUACGGUAACGAAGACAUUCCUGGGUAGGAUCUGGGGCGUGUAUCUGGCGCUGCAGCAGAUACAGAUUCAUACCCGGCGGAAAACCCCUUCUGGUGAAUGGGAUGUCAAGAAGACCGGGGCUGAUGUUUGUGUGCGAAGGGAAGAGUGGAGUGCUGCUGGAUGGAAUGCGAAGUAUGUGGUUGGGGGUGCUGCGGGUACCUUGCCUUCAAUGGUGGCUGGAUUUGAGGGUGAAGGUGAGGGGGCAUGGCGUGUGCCGGGGGGUAAGGUUGUGGUCAAUGGGAGACAGUACGUUGUUCGGGCAUUUGAGAUCGGUCGACUGCCGAAGGGAAAGGUCCCCCAUUGA